UACAGCCGCGCAUAAAUUCCCAAGCCCUCUCUCUCUCUGCCGCUGUGCUUACUCGGCCUUCCUUUUCUUGCUUUCUUUUCUUUCAUUCUUUCUCAAGCGGUCUCAGAGCCUCCAUUUGUUUUCUAGCUCUCUCUGUUCCCGUUGAGCGGCGAUUUGCGGUCUUGAUUUACAGCAACCAUGUCUCUGAGGCCGAGCGCCAGAACGGAGGUUCGGCGGAACCGGUACAAGGUGGCGGUGGAUGCCGAAGAAGGUCGUCGUCGUCGGGAGGACAACAUGAUCGAGAUCCGGAAGAAUCGUAGAGAAGAGAGCUUGCAGAAGAAGCGUCGAGAAGGCCUUCAUGCAGACCAACUCCUCUUAUCAUUCAUCGAUGCUGCCAUCAACUCUUCAGCCUCCGAAUCAAAGUUAGAAAGUCUUCCGGCUAUGAUUGCUGGCGUUUGGUCGGAGGAUAGGACCUUGCAGCUUGAGGCAACCACUCAUUUCCGAAAGCUGCUAUCAUUAGAACGCAAUCCUCCAAUCGAUGAAGUUAUACAAUCUGGCGUCGUACCUCAAUUUGUGAAGUUUCUUGCAAGGGAGGAUUUCCCACAGCUUCAGUUUGAGGCUGCUUGGGCUCUCACAAAUAUUGCUUCUGGGACAUCAGAGAACACAGGGGUUGUUAUUGAUCAUGGAGCUGUCCCAAUUUUUGUUAAGCUUCUGAGCUCUCCCAUUGAAGAUGUCCGUGAACAGGCUGUUUGGGCAUUAGGAAACAUUGCUGGUGACUCAACUAACUGUCGUGAUCUUGUCCUUGGCCGUGGGGCUUUAAUUCCACUGCUUUCUCAGUUACAUGAAAAUGCAAAGCCUUCUAUGUUGAGAAAUGCAACAUGGACAUUGUCAAACUUCUGCAGGGGAAAGCCACAGCCUUCCUUCGAGCAGACAAAGCCAGCCCUUCCAGUCCUUGGGAAACUUAUACACUCAAAUGAUGAGGAAGUGCUUACAGAUGCUUGCUGGGCACUUUCAUAUCUUUCAGAUGGUGACAAUGAUAAAAUUCAAGCUGUUAUUGAUGCAGGUGUCUGUCCCCGUCUUGUGGAACUUUUACUCCAUCAAUCUCCAACCUUGCUCAUUCCUGCCCUUCGCGCAGUUGGAAAUAUUGUUACAGGGGAUGAUAUGCAAACUCAGUGUUUAAUAAAUCUUCAAAUACUUCCAUGCCUUCGGAACCUGUUGACACAUAAUCAUAAGAGGAACAUCAAGAAGGAAGCCUGUUGGGCAAUCUCAAACAUCACAGCUGGAAAUAAAAAUCAGAUACAGGCUGUAAUCGAGGCUGGUAUUGUUGCCCCAGUUAUCAAUCUUCUUCAAAGUGCUGAAUUUGAGAUCAAGAAAGAAGCUGCUUGGACAAUUUCAAAUGCAACAUCUGGUGGCACACAUGAACAGAUCAAGUACUUGGUGAACCAGGGGUGUAUCAAGCCACUGUGUGAUCUCCUUGCGUGUCCUGACCCGAGAACUGUCAGUGUCUGCUUGGAAGGACUUGACAACAUUUUGAAGGUUGGGGAAUCUGAGAAGAAUCUGGGUAACUCAGGAGAUGCGAAUUUGUAUGCCCAGUUGAUGGAUGAUGCUGAUGGGUUGGAAAAGAUCGAAAAUCUUCAGCGUCAUGACAAUAAUGAGAUAUACGAGAAGGCAGUGAAGAUCCUUGAGUCAUAUUGGGUGGACGAAGAUGAUGAGCCAUUGCGCCCUGGCGAUACUUCCAAUUCUGGUUUCAGCUUUGGAGCAAAUGAACUCCGUGUCCCUUCUGGUGGAUUCAACUUCCGUUGAAUACUUGACGGUGUGAACCCUCAACACUUAUCUGUGGGAAUUUUUCUUUUUUUCUUUUUUCUUUUUCUUUUGUUAAGUAGACAAUCAGAAAGUUCUAGCAAAAGCAUCACUUUCUUAUCACAAUGAUAUGAAUUAGAAUCUUCCUAGAUAGACAAUAAUGAUAGUAAAGCAAUGUAUCAGUCAAAACUGUUAUUAAAUAAUUUCUAUCAAAAAAAAAAAGAGUGUUAUUAAAUGA